CAAUGAGUUUAAUCAGAGGGCUGUUUGCCAUUUUUUAUCAUCUACCGCGGAUUUAUAAAUGGUUUUUUAAGCCAUAUUAUUUCCUUUCAUUGCUUUUGACACUUGCCUUUCCUUUAGUGCGUUGCUGUACGGGACUGUGCGAACAUUUACCGUCUCAAAGAGAGGACGGCAACUCAUGCGCCUUUGACUGGAGAGAGAUUGAGAUUCUAAUGUUUCUCAGUGCAAUCGUGAUGAUGAAGAAUCGAAGAGCCAUCACUCUGGAGCAACAUAUAGGGAAUAUAUUUCUUUUCAGUAAGGUUGCUAAUGUGGUGCUGUUCUUCAGAGUGGACCUGAGACUAGGUCUUCUCUACCUCAUGCUGUGUGUGGUGUUUAUGAUUGCAUGUAAACCACCAAUCUACAUGGGUCCUGAGUACAUCAAAUACUUCAGUGAGACAACCAUAGAUGAAGAACUACAGAGAGAUGGUCGAGUGACAUGGAUUGUAGAGUUUUAUGCCAACUGGUCUCCAGAGUGCCAGUCAUUUUCCCCGAUAUUUGCUGAAUUGUCACUUCGGUAUAACUGUGCAGGCCUCCAAUUUGGAAAAGUGGACAUUGGACAAUAUGGAGCAGUUGCAGAAAGGUAUAAGGUAAACCCAUCCCCCCUCUCCAAGCAGUUGCCCUCUCUUUUGCUGUUGCAGGGUGGACGGGAAGUCAUGCGACGCCCCCUAGUGGACAAGAAGGGAUGGGCCAUCGCAUGGAGCUUCACAGAGGAAAACAUCAUUCGAGAGUUCAACCUAAAUGAGAUUUUCCAAAAAUGUAAGAAGCACAGCAAGGAAGCGAAAACAGAGGAACUAAAGACACUUCUGCAGGAGAGUACUGAUGGAGGGGAACCAGUCCCUCAAGAUGUGACGGAGGAACCGGAGAGCAAAAAAGACAAAUAAGAAAAAGACAGUGGAAGUGUGAGGGUCAUCUAAAUGUGCUGUACUUUCAAAUGCAUCUGUCUUAUAGACAUCAAAACUUAAUUGUUAUUUCAAAGUUUUGUAAUAUUUGAGAAGUGUUAGUUAUGCCUUCUUUUGGGCUUUGUAGCUUAUUAUCUCAAAUUUUCUUCAUUUUUUCAUAAAUUAGCUGCUGCCAUUCGCCAAGAUUGUUCA